UCGUAUCUGCCCGCGGCCGGCAGAACUGUUCGAGUCUCCGAGCGGCGCGGUAAGAGCAUGUGGACUGCAGUGCUGCUGUUCGCGGCGGGCGCGGCGGCGCUGAGCGCAGACAUCUUCUUCCCGGACACUCGCGACUCUCGCCGCACCCCGGGAGCCCAGAUUCCUCUCAGCCUGCUGCUUCGCAUGAGCGAAGUGGAGGACCUGUCUGGUUUUAAUGCAUACAUGGAUGAAGUUAUUCUGGAGAAUCGACUUGACAGCAGUGAGGCGCCGGUGGUGCCGAAGAACGCCGUGUGCACGCCGGAGCUGCAGGUGGUGCCACUGGUGACAGAGAAGCAGCCAGACAUGCUGUACUUCCCCUCGUGCACGCGGGUGGAGCGCUGCGAAGGGUGCUGCGCGUCGGAGCUGCUCGCUUGUCAGUCCAUCCGCAACCAGACAAUCAACUACACGGUGUUCAUGACGCAAUACACUGGCGGUAACACGGUGUCGCUGAAGAAGCGCAUCACAGUCUCAGUGGAGAAGCACCUGGAAUGUCAGUGCGGCUGUGCUGUCAAGGAGCAGGACUGUCACAGCCUGCAGGUUUACGACAAGGACAGCUGCCUCUGCAAGUGCGUGAACACAGCUGACGAGGAACGCUGCAGGACUGAAAAUGACACUAAGUUGUGGGACACUCAGAAGUGCAUGUGCUCCUGCCGCCGCCUGCUCAGCUGCAGCUCGGGCUACCACUACGACCUCAACUCGUGCAGCUGCAGCGAAGACGUGGCGAGCCGUCUAGGGGCGGUGUCGGCGCCGGGACGCGCACCCCCACGGUCGGAACCCAGACCUCCGCCGCCAGUGCUGCCCCUGCGCUCCUCGUCCCGCCGCAGACAGCGCCAGCCGCUGCGACCUCUGUAGCUUCACCACGUCUCCUUACUUGUCUCCAAGUUAUCACAGAGUGGGAUUCGUUAUAUUUUUAAUUGUUUCUCUUUAUUUUAUAGUCAAAAACAUAUGUAAUUAUUAAGCAUGCUUUUUUUUUAAUUUAACUUUAAAAUGUUAUAGUUCUUAACCCUCUGUAUUCAAAGUCAUGUCAAUUUAUUUGAAAGGAAAAAAAAUGGCAUGUGGCUGUGUCAUGGACACGGUCGUGUGUUGUACGUGAACACGUGUACAUAACAGGUAAUAUUUUCUAUAAUACAACAUAUAUAUUUACUGUAAUGAUUUAAACACUAAUGUUUUGUAUAUGCAAUAGAUACAUUCUGACGAGAGCUGACGAUCAAACGAACGUCGUAACUUCUCCAGUUAUGCUAAAUGUAAAUCUCGAAACGCAGCAAAAUGAGCUUAAAAUGGCAGCGCUUCCUCCUACACCGCGCGCGAUGCGUCACAGUCCUCAAUUAGCGUAACGAUUUAUUUGAUCCUUUAGCAAUCCAGUGGUGUAAUUAAAUUUGGGAUGGAGAUGAUAGAUAUGUAGCUGCAACACCAAACUGUAAUCCCCGAUUUUGUUAUCAUUCGUUUUUUUGAAUUGCCUCCCACCAUGGAAGCAAUUUUAAAGACGUAUUCAUGUCAAAAUUCGUUUACUAACUAAAUUUCAGCCUUCCCCUGUAGGAUAAUUAAAUGUAUUGAAACAGAUGUAGACUUCAUAGUAUCCAAUUCAGGUUAUUUAGCCCACACAUAGAACCACGCAAACGUGUUGAGACUGUGAACGUUUGUAACAUUUGUAAUUUUUUGCAGAAACGUUAAACAGUUUUAUUUAAAGAACGAGUCAAAGACUUGUUGAAAUUGAAAACGAAUUAAUCGAGCUUAAGAUUAGCAAUUUACUAUGAAAAAAUACAAAAUAUCCCUAUACAAUACUACUAUUAUUGUGAGAUUACAUGGGUGAUAUUACAUAAAUAUUUUACUAACUAAGCAUUGAUUGCACUUUAGUGAUGAUAACUUGGGUAUAUUAUCUUCGUUUUGUGCUAUUUUUAUUUACGCACUCAUUUAAUACAAUAUUUUAUUUUAAGUGUGCUUAACUUUUAUAAAUUAUAUAUUUAUAAUAUAGUAUAAGUAAGUUAUUUAAGCGUUUAACAGGCAAUUAUUGAUAACAUUUAAUUAUUUUAAUAGUUAAUUUGUAUCAAUAAUGUAUUUUAUUGUAGUAAAAGAACUUUGCACACAUUGA